CCAACUGUAGCGAUGGGCGUACGCACUAGUCAGCUUACCGCAUGUCUCCACUGUUAGAACAAGAUAUACUUGCUAAACGCAAAGGAAUUUUCAUCAUAUAAGUCCAUGCUCCCUUGAUUUCGAAAGCCUACACAUUGUAAUUCGAACUCUAAGCACCUGCGCCAUUUUGAGAGAACACUUGGGUAUCUCACUGGUAUUCCAAGCCGGAGACCUUUCUUCCCAUAAAACCUACUCCAAUCAUGGCAUCUACAACCUCGUUCCUCGACGCCAUCGUCAAUCGCCGUUCUGUAUACACACUCACCAAUACCUCGCCCAUUUCGCAAUCUCGGAUUUCGGAAAUAGUCCACGAAGCACUUAAAUACUGUCCUUCGGCCUUCAACGUCCGAAGCUCCCGCUGUAUCAUCCUCUUCGGCGUAGAACACACCGCGCUAUGGGAUCACGCGGCAGAAGUCAUGCCAAAAGUCGCCCCAGCAGCGUUGCAGGACCUGUUUGUAGGAAGAAUUCCACUAUUCAAGGCUGGGUACGGGACUGUUCUCUUCUUCGAAGACACAACCGCCAAAAACCUUCUUCCACCAGCCUUCGUUCCGCUCUUCAAAGAGUAUCCAGAGGUCGACGAGCAUGCAUCCGGUAUGAUCCAGUUCAUCGUGUGGACAGCGCUCGCAGCCGAAGGCCUAGGAUGCAAUCUGCAGCAUUAUCAGCCGAGCAUCACGCCGUAUGUGAAAGACAAGUAUAAUGUUCCCGAAACCUGGGAGCUCAAAGCCCAGUUAGUUUUUGGGCAGCCGACAGCAGGGCCUGGUCCGGACAAGGAGAGAACGCAUCUGGAGAUUGCACUGAAGUCUUAUGGCGGAGACGAAGGCGGUUUGUGAUAGCCUCGAAGAUGUUAAGAUGGGUGUAGUUUUCGUGGUCUAGCUAAAUCAAGGGUU